AUGGACUGCGGGUCUCAGAUGGCGGACGUGGACGAGUACGAGAAGCUGGUGAUUCGAAUGAACCCACCGAGGUGCUACGAAACCCUGUCCUUCUCUCACUUCACAAGACGAAGACUUUCUUUAUUUGGGGGAAUUGGAAUGGUUUUGUGGGUAAUCUCGGCAGAAACUUCAUCUUCUCUGAGAAGAUGGAGAGCUAGGCUCCUCCAUUUCCCGUCUUUCUCACUCUAAAGCAAAUCUUUCUGGGUGUUUUCUGCGAUUUUCUAGGGUCACAGUGGAUAACACCACCAGCAGAACGUCCACCCUCAUUAAGGUACUCCUCCCUCUCCAGCCGGGCUCCUUGCCCAUCCGAGGUCGCCAGUGGUGUCUAGAUCCCUCGAAUGUCCUUAAGCCUGGUUCCUCGAUUAUCCAGGUAGACAGCGCAAACAAGCACGGGAGCUUGCUGGAGGUCGUUCAAGUCUUGACAGAUUUGAACCUCACCAUCACCAGGGCGUACAUCUCCUCCGAUGGGGAGUGGUUCAUGGACGGUGGGCAUUGUUUAAUUUCCUACAAAUUACGGUUGAAUUUAAGAAGGAAUCGAAAGAUCCUGCCUCCUCCAUCUUCUCAAAUCUCUGAUCUUCUUCUUCCUCUUCGUCGUCCUCGUUGUUCCAGUUUUCCACGUCGUUGACCAGGACGGGAACAAGCUCUCCGACGGCGGGGUCACCGAACGUAUCAAACAGGUAUCACCCCCCCUUCUUCUCCCGCCCAUCUCAUCUCAGGGAUUUAAUGGUGAACAUCCCGAUCGGUGUUCUAAUGGCUGCGCCAUCUGAACCAGUCGCUGGGACCGAGAGCUUGCACUGCCCGGCCUCCGAGGGGGUCCGUCGGUGUCCAGACGGCCGCCGAGCACACCUCCAUCGAGCUCACCGGCACGGACCGGCCGGGCCUUCUGUCAGAGAUCUUCGCCGUCCUCGCCGACCUUAAGUGCAACGUGGUGGCCGCCGAAGUUUGGACUCACAACUCCCGCAUGGCCUCCGUCAUCUACAUCACCGAUCAUUCGACGGCGGCGCCGAUCAACGACCCCGCCCACCUGGCAGGUAUAAAGCAGCUGCUCCGCCACGUCCUGCGCGGGGACAGGGACCGGAGGGGGGCCAAGACGGCGGUGGCAGCGGGGUCGACCCACCCUGAGAGGCGGCUGCACCAGAUGAUGUACGCCGAUCGCGACUUCAUCAGGGACGACGGCGAGGAGCAGAGGGACGAGCCCUUGGUGACGGUGGGGAGCUGCCCCGACAAGGGCUAUACGGUGGUCAACGUGAGGUGCAAGGACCGGACGAAGCUGCUCUUCGACACUGUCUGCACGUUGACAGACAUGCAGUACGUCGUCUUCCACGCCACCGUCUUCGCGGAGGGGGCGGAGGCCCACCAGGUCUGUGCCCACAACCGUUGCCUCGUUGCUCUUCCCCCCUCCAUUCCCUGCGUCUUCGUCUUCUCCAACAUGAAGAUAUCUGGUUUGCAGGAGUAUUACAUCCGGCACGUCGACGGAUGCCCCGUGAGCUCUGAAGGGGAGAGGCAGAGACUCGUCCAUUGCCUCGAGGCUGCAAUCAGAAGGCGCAACUCAGAUGUGCAAACUCGAACCAUCCAUCAACCGCCCCCCGCCCCCCGCCCCCCGCCCCCCGCCCCCCCCGGUUCUUCUGUAUUGCGGGCGUCCUCACUGGCCUCUCUCUCUCUCUAUGUCAGCAGGGUAUACGGCUGGAGCUGUGCUGCGAGGAUCGAGUGGGGCUGCUCUCGGAUGUGACCCGCAUAUUCAGAGAGAACGGGCUGGCGGUGGCGAGAGCGGAGGUCACAACGAGGGGAUCGCAGGCGGUGAACGUGUUCUACGUCACCGACGCAUCGGGGAACCGGGUGCAGAGCCAGACGAUUGAAGCCGUGAGGGUGGCGAUAGGGCAGACCGUGCUCCGCGUGAAGGAGGAAGCCUACUCCAAGUCCCCGCCGUCGGAGAGCGGCCGGCUCUCCUCCUUCGGCAGCCUCUUCCGGUCCCGGUCGGAGAAGUUCCUCUUCAACCUGGGUCUCAUUAAGUCGUGUUCUUGA